AGCAUUACAUUCGUGAAUAAGAAUUUAAACAAAACCAACAAACCGCUAAAAGAAAUAAUGUUCAUGAAACGUUUUGAAAGCAGGUUCCCGAAGGGACCUGUGGCAUUUUCUUGUCUCUAUGGAGACCGACGCUCAGACAAAGGAUCCACAAACUCCAUGGCAACGAAAAGAAAGGAGAAGAAAGGCAGAGCUAAUGCAAAGAAGGGGGGAUCAACCACGGAUGUUCCCGUCCUUCUUAGGAGGUUCAUGAAAACGUAUGAAAAGCAUUGCAUCCAGACCCAGAGCAGCGUCAGCACCACGAUCAAACAAAACCUGCUGUGGUGUAUUGAACAAGACAAGAUCAUGACAAAGAUGGUGCUUUCCUGUCCCGAGUCUUGUGAUGAAGAUGCUCCUCCAGUUUGCCUUCGACCAUUGCUCAUGACAAUCAGAGAUGAGAGAUACAUGUUCGGAAAGGAGCUGUGUGCCUGGCACAUAACCCUGAACAAUCAAGACAUUGCAGAUCUUUCAAUAGUUCUGGAGCUGAGGGGUCGGUCUUCCUGUCCAUUCACUCAUCUGGAGCUACUGGACUGUGGGAUUGAUGCUUGGUCUGUAGAGAGGCUAGGUAAAGCAAUUUGUUUCAGCUCACUGGCCUCGCUCAAUCUGGAUUACAAUGAAUUUGGAGAAGAGGGAGUAAAAGGUUUGUUAAAUGGUCUUGCGGGAAACAACCAAAUUGUCUCAUUAAGCCUAUGUUACUGUAACCUGAGGCCAUCGAGUGGAUCCUUGCUGGGUGCAUUUAUUACACAAAGUGCCAUAAGAGACCUGUAUGUCAAUGGAAAUGAGUUACAGUGUGAGGGGGCCUUAGAUUUAAUCAGGCAGAUAGCUGAAUAUGCAGAGAAUGAGGCAAUGAAGAAGCUUUCUGAACAGCAUCUGAAAGAACCUGACACUGAAGUUGCUAACCUUAAUAUGGAGUCUGAAAGAAUAAGCACUACUGGAUUGGGAUCCUCAAUCAAAAAGAUGAAGGGAAAGAAAAAAGGGAAGAAGAAGAAAAAGACAAAGCCUCCAGAAAUUGGUCCCUGGUUAGAAAAAUUACAUCUUGCUGACAAUGGAAUUGAUGGAAAUGGAGAGGAAGGGAGAACAAGCCCAUUGACAUUUACAGCAAUGCUGUGUCGGAUAAUAAAGUUUUCAGAUCACUUGACGGAGAUUGAUUUAGACGAUAACUGUCCUGGAGAACUUUGUGGAAAACUCAUUCUGGAGGCCUUGAAGGAGAGAAAAGAAGCUAAACUGACUGGUUUGAAAGUCAAAGUCACAGCCCAGAUAAGUGCAGAUACUUUCAGUGGUAUCUUAAAGAACAGCAAGAAGCUAAAAUCCAGAAAAAAGAGAAAGAAGAUAAAGGUAGGGCUGUUUGUUACUGAUUAUAUGGUAUACAAUAGUACACAUGUUUGUAUUUUCUGUUAUAUACAGUAACUUAACCAAAAAAUGGAACCCCUUGCCUUUACACUGUCAAUGGGGUACAGGGCUUCAUUAGGAAUAGUGGAGGAUUCUGAAUCAUGUCUGACAACUGAGUCCUCCUGACUGUCAUUGCUUUAUCAAAGUCUGUCACAACUGCAUUCUUUCCUAUUGUAACACGUGCCCAAACUGUCCGAUGGGCAGAACCAUGUUUUAUUAUCCCCAGCAUGUACAGCAUGUCCUUAUUUAACAAUUCCGAACAAUUAGCAUUGUUUUCUUUUUCUUUUUUUUUGUAUUGUUGACAUUAUGACAUUACUGAGAACCUUUUUAAUAUACUACUAGUAAAAAAGGCCCCCUCAAAUGGAAAUGUAAGUCAGUUGCAUGUUUACAUCAAUUUGAUGUACUUCACAUGGGUCCUCCAUUUAAAAGAAGUACAUCAUGUUUUGAUAGGUAAUGUAUUUUCAUGUAUCCAUUGGUAGCUGUGUGCAGAAUAUUCCCAGACAUUUAAACUUUGAUCCAGACCAGGGUUACAGAUAGGAUUUAUAGUCUUGGUUUGUGAGCAGUCAUGAAGUUUUCCAGUAAAUACAGAUUAGUUAAAGGUUAAAAAUAAAUCAAAUAUAGGGGGAAAAAAUUCUAAACUCCCUAAUACGCCUUUCCCCCCCCCCCCCUCCCCCCAUCUCCGCUCCUCUCCUCUAUAGCCUGCCAAUCCAUUCCUUUCAUUGGUUGAUUAUAUUUUUAGUAUUGAUGUAAUAAUAUACACAAAAAUCUCAACAGAACAAUUUACAGAUUACAAGACCAGUACUGAAAAUAAACUGUUGUGCUUUCCUGUAAGUUAUAAGAUUUUGUCCUUUAGUGUGUGAAUCAUAGUGUAUCAUUCAGCAAACCCAUUGUAAAGAAUACAGUAAGUAGCUGCCAAGAUUUUAAUAUCAAACACAAGGAGGUUUUACAUUGAAUUUGCUCUUUUAACCAGUAGUAAGGCCAGCAAUGAAUUGUGAUGUAUUAAACAGUUAUGUGAGGCAUUUUUCCAUCCAUGUAAAAUAUGUAGUAGAUCUCCUCCUAGCAGCUGAUGAUUUAAUAAUACUGACAUCAGUGUAAGACACGUACUUACCUUUAGACUACAGAGUUUGCUCCUUAGUUUUUGUUUUUUUAACUGUGAAGUCAAUGGUUUGCAUCCAGUCAGCCCCUGAAAUGGCUUGGCAUCUUAGAUCACUGAAUUGAAUGGAAAGACAUUUUUAUUACUUUGGAUAAAGUAAUAAAGACGUUUCUAUGCUUUUGCUUUUACCUUGGUAUCCAUUGUGAACUUUUAUAAGCUUAUAACUUGUGCAUGUAUUUUACUGGUACAAUCUUAAUAAUUGAUAGAAAUAUGUGGCCUAAAGCCUUACCUAAAUGUAAAUCAAAAGGUUUAUGGAGAACGGUAUACAAUUAGACUACAGAUUAAAAUUCUUCCUCUGCAUCAAAGCAUCUAGCAAGCAAAUGCAUGAUAUUAUUAAGUAACUUAAGCUAAGACAUUACUAGCCGAUAGCCAAAAUGCAUCAGAAAAUAAAUCAUAAAAAUCAACAUUAAAUAUUCGCUACAAUUACAUUUAAAUAUUUUUGGCUCAAGCCCUUUUAAACCCUUUUUAGCCAGAACAGUAGGUGGAUGUGAAUUACAUUUUGGAGGUGGCAUUAAAAAGCCUUUUAUGGUGCAUUGCUGUGUGGUUCACAGCAGAUCACAAAUGGACUGCGGGCCCUAGAAGCCUGUAGCUCUACUAGCUAAUUUGAUCCAGUAUUUGCUUAUACGUUAUACGUUAUAAUCCUGAAAAUUAUAAGCGCCCCCACAAGCAUUGCUUAUAAUUUUGAUGGAUUUUGUUUUAUCUAAGUUUGAACCUAAAGAUACAUCUAUAGUAUCUGGGCACGUAUUGGUAUUUGUGAAGUGGCACUUUUCACAAUGCUGGUUUUGUGCCAGGCCAUACCUUUCUGUUCACAAAAGGUCCCUGUGUGAGAUAUUGAAUGAGUUCAAAUAGUGAAUACUGUCACUGUAGGGAAUAACCCAACUAGUAGUCAGACUCUGCCAGUAAGUGAAAUAGCCUGUCAUCUUGUGGUUCUGUACAGUGUUUUAUGUCAUACCUACAUUGUAAAUCAGGAUUGUAUUUUCCUAUUUUAUUUAAUUGUAAUGCCUUGUUAACAUGUUCUACAUAUAUAUAUAUUUUUUCUUUUCUUGUUUAGAAAAAAAGUAAAUGACGGGUGUCUGGGUGGUUAGCUGAGAAUGAAGAAAUACCAUUAGUGGUGUGAGAAGAUGCACAAAUGUUUUACAUUUGUAUUAUUCAAAUACAAACUUAGUAUAUUUGCAAUAUUACAGAAUUAAAAAAGUUUUAUUUUUUUAUAUUAUACUCAGACAUUGCAGUACUAGAAAGGAUUUAUUAUACACGCCAUAUGAUUUAUUAAAAUAAUAUGUUCGUUCUUAACUAAUUCUCAGUACAGCUGUUAAUAUAAAUAAUUCUAAUUGCAGAUAAUGUGUGUUGUUUUUAAUGUAGGUAAUAAAAAGGUUAAUAAGGUUCAACAAAUAAUUUAUAUUAUUGCAAUACAGAGUAUCAGUCAUUUGUAUUUAAUUUUUUCAGUAGAGUAAAUACAAUUCAUUGUAUUUGAGUUUAUUAAUGUUAUUGUACUUGAAAUUGGCACAUAAUUGUAGUCUAUGUGUAAUUAUGAAACAGAAAAUGUAUAACUUUGUAUGCAUGUACAUUUCAAAAAUAUAGUAUCCUGAAGAAAUCUCACAUCAACCUUUGCAAACGUCUAUCGGUCCCAUAUUUCUGAAUUAAAGAGUUUUUCUGUGACUGUGUGCCUGAGCUCUUUGUGUAACUUUUUUGUGUGACACAUGGAUUAUAUGAAACUUGCAACUUGAUUGUUCUGUAAAUCGAUUCCUCCAUCCAUGAGACAACAUCACUGCAAGAUAAAAGUAAGAUACCUUGACAGCAUUACAAGCCCAGGGAAA